GCUUCUCUGUGGGAUCACGGCGGUGAUGCUGGAGAACUACGAAGAGGCCGAGGUCUUCUUCGAGCAAGCCACGUGUCUGGAGCCCUCCAGUGUUCUGGCUUGGACUAUCUUAGGACUGUUCUAUGAUAUGCAGGAGAACGAGAUUAGGGUCGAGAUGGCAUUUCAGGAGGCUACCAAACACCAAAAAGCUCGCCUGGCCAAGGAGAAGCCCCCACCCGAGUGCGCAGAUGGAGGAGGACGAAAGAUGAUCUCUGCCCCCAGUUCGAGAACUCAGUCUUUCAAUGUUUCCAUGGAGGAGCUAGUUUCUGAUGAAGUUCAAGACACCUCCAUGAAAACCCAGGCAGAGUCUCUUGAGCCAGCCUUGACUCUUAGUUUGCCGGAAGAGGAAACACUGCCUAUGCCAAUGUCUAAGGCAUCCAAGAGGCUGUCAACCAUUUCCAGCAAAAUGAAGGUGGCCGUUCAGAAAGAAGCCACCAAGCCUCUUGCAGUUGUGUUUGAAACCGAGCCUUCCCGAGCCCCUCCCUCGCAGGCCCCCACCACCAUCUUCAUGGAGACCAUCAGCUUCUUAAUGGACGUCAAUGCCCUUCAGUUCGUGCACAGGGCCUUGGCGCACGAACUGGUCUGCCCUCAAGGAGGCCCCAGCUGUGAAUAUUACCUGGUGCUGGCCCAGAGCUAUUUGUUGCGGAAGGAUUACAGCAAGACGGACAAAUACCUCGAAAUGGCGAUCCAGAUUGAUUACCUGAAUCCUAAUGUUUGGGCUCAGAAAGGCCACCUGUGUUACCUGACAGGCCACUUCGGGGAAGCCAAAGCCUGCUACGAGCGAACAGUCAGUUUCGUAACCGAUGCAAAAGAUAUGCAUUUUGUGUAUCUGCGAUUGGGCUCCAUCUACUUGGAAGAAAAGCAGUACGAGAAGGCAAAGAACACCUACCUGCUGGCCAGUAAGAAGUCACCGUCUUGUCUCACGUGGCUAGGCGUCGGCAUCGCCUGCUACAGGCUUAAAGAGAUGGCGGAGGCAGAAGAUGCUCUCUCUGAGGCCAACGCCCUCAACAACAAUAAUGCCGAAGUGUGGGCGUACCUGGCCCUCGUCUGCAUGCAGGGCGGACGUCAGCUGGAGGCAGAACAAUCUUACAAAUAUGCUGUCAAGCUGGAGCUUGCCAACAAGGAUCUACUCCAAGAGAUUAAAGAGGUACAGCAAGCGGUUGGCUUUGGUGAUCCAUCUUUCUGAGCCUCUCCUGGUUCGUGGCCAACCUCCUCUCUUUGAGCCCGAAGAUGAAGAAAAACAGCCUAGUAUUCCAGAGUAGGAAGACAUUCCUGGGUUAUGAGACUCUUGACCAAUCCGUUGUUUCCACUGGCUUGAAAUGCUGUUAUCUGUUACAUCCCAUCUUUCUUAUGUAAAGUUUACGGAACAUCUGUAUGGCAGAUCUUAUGGGAACAGGGGGGAGUAUCUCCAGAAAUACAGACCCCUUCUGUCUUAGGACAAUCCCAUGCUCCUGGGAAGGAUUUAGCUGCGAUCCUUGGGAGCCCCCGCUAAAACUGGCCUUCAGAAAUUGUAAGUACAGUAUUAGAACCACAUGCCCCAUCCUAGAAACUAGAGGCAAUCCGAUAUCAGCAUAAAUAGCAAUUAUUCGGUGCGUGUCCACCCUCUUGGGGGGCUGAGUGGGUGGGUGGAUGAGUACAGUUUCACAAGCCUUGUUUCCAUAAGUGGAGUUUUAAUUGUGCACUUUUAUU